GGCUUUCGUGGGCCGGGGUAUAGCUUCGUGGCCCGCGCGCGCGCUUCUCUCCGGCGCGGGCACCGGCGCGGGCCAUGGCUUCAGCUUCCUUGUUGUCUGCGUUGGCUGUGCGGUUGUUGCGCCCCACGCAUGGCUGCCACCCCCGCCUACAGCCCUUCCACCUGGCGGCAGUGCGAAAUGAAGCCAUUGUUAUUUCUGGAAGGAAACUGGCCCAGCAGAUCAAGCAAGAAGUACGGCAGGAGGUGGAAGAGUGGGUGGCCUCAGGCAACAAGCGGCCACACCUCAGUGUCAUUCUGGUUGGUGACAAUCCUGCCAGUCACUCCUAUGUUCUCAACAAAACCAGGGCAGCAGCUGAAGUGGGAAUCAACAGUGAGACAAUUGUGAAACCAGCCUCAGUUUCAGAGGAAGAGCUGUUGAAUUCAAUCAGCAAACUGAACAAAGAUGAGAACGUAGACGGCCUCCUUGUUCAGCUGCCACUCCCAGAGCACAUUGAUGAGAGGAAGAUCUGCAAUGCUGUUUCUCCUGACAAGGAUGUUGAUGGCUUUCAUGUCAUCAACGUGGGACGAAUGUGCUUGGACCAGUACUCCAUGCUGCCAGCCACCCCAUGGGGCGUGUGGGAGAUAAUUAAGCGAACAGGCAUUCCAACCUUAGGGAAGAAUGUGGUAGUGGCUGGCAGGUCAAAAAACGUUGGAAUGCCGAUUGCCAUGUUGCUGCACACAGAUGGAGCUCAUGAACGGCCCGGGGGUGAUGCCACAGUCACAAUAUCUCACCGAUACACUCCCAAAGAGCAGCUGAAGAAGCACACAAUCCUUGCGGACAUUGUAAUAUCUGCUGCUGGCAUUCCAAAUCUGAUCACAGCUGACAUGAUCAAGGAAGGAGCAGCGGUCAUCGAUGUGGGAAUAAACAGAGUUCAAGAUCCUGUCACUGCAAAGCCCAAAUUGGUUGGAGAUGUGGAUUUUGAAGGAGUCAAGAAGAAAGCUGGUUACAUCACUCCUGUCCCUGGUGGUGUUGGUCCCAUGACCGUGGCCAUGCUCAUGAAGAACACCAUUAUUGCUGCAAAGAAAGUGCUAAGACCAGAGGAGCUGGAAGUGUUCAAGUCCAAACAGCGCGGCGUUGCCACCAACUAGCAGCAUUCCGAGCCAGCCCAAGAGGCAGAGCGGGCCAAGAGGAAUGCAGUGUUUUUUAAUUUAUUCUGUUGAAAUGGUUUAAAAUGUUUGUAUUUAUUGAAAGCUUAAACGGGUGGCUGUGUGUGCGCAUGGCUCAGCAGAACCUCACCAGGGUGCCCAUCAGUUGUCCUGCCUUUGACCCGGUGAUGCACGGGAGACAUCCUCACACCACACCAAGAGUGGAUGCUGAACUUCAUCAAAAAAAAAAAAAAAAAAAAAAGAUCUGCCGUUUUAGGCUCUCAUUUCCCAAGUGCUAUUCCAAUACAAGUUGAUGACUCAUCUUAGGUCCCAAGCCUUUGAGUUCAACUUUCAAACCAAAGGAAACCUUAGUAGAGGAAAUGAAGGGAAAGGAAGAGAAAGCAGCACUGGGUUUCAACGGCACUCCCUUACUCUCGCAGGAGUGCCCCCAUUGCCCUGAGGGAGCUCAGCUGGCUGGGCCUAGCUGUCCCCCUGUGGCAGGUCGUCAGGGAAGGUUUAGAGUCUCCCCACUUGCUGUUAUCCUUCUGUGAGCUUGCCCUAUCUAUUUUAAUUUUCUAGAAUUGAAAGCUCAUUUUAUAAAUGAUGUGUGUAUUAUGUUUGGCUUUUGCAGCACAUUUAAACUUUUAAGUUUCAGACUGUUAGAGAGUUGUGUGUCUGUUUUCUUUGGCAGGUGCUUUGAGGCCUAUUUGUUUUUUGAAAAACAAAACAAAACUUGUACGUGAUAAUCACGAGGGCAGCUCGUGCCACCAAAGAACUGUCGGCAGCUGCCUGCAUGUCUUUCACGUACCCCGUUGGCUUUCCUGAAGUUAUCCAGGAGCUUGAGUUAAUAUAAGACUUAGUCAGAUUUUCUUAUUAAAGCGUUUUGUUGCAGUUGGGUUUUUUGUUAUUUGUUUGUUUUUAAAUAAAGCACAUCUGUCGGGUGUGGAAUGAGUUUCU